CCCCCAAGUGUCUUCAGUGCGUGGGCAACAACGGAGAUACUCGCUCAACAGCUCCCUUGGUCCUCAGUCGCAGCCGUCCGCAGAACAAGACGGCCAUUUCCCAGCUUAUUGAUGGGUAAGCUACUCCAUCUUAACCUCAACCACUGCCGUACUGCCCAGGACUUGAUGACACACACGGUUCUGAAGCAGCAGAUCAACGUAGUGCUGCUCAGUGGGCCCUACAAGGGGACAAAUCUGUGGAAGCGAUCACAUAGAGCAUCCAGGGCCUCGCUUCACGCAGCACGAAUAUCAGGCGAUCAUCAGAGAUCACAGAUCCCCGGUCAUAACAGCGGGGGACUUCAACGCCUGGGCCACGACUUGGGCACGCCCCGUGGAACAGCGCUCCUGGACGAAUUCACAAGCCUGAACGUCUGUCUCCUGAACAUAGGAAGCAUCCCGACGUACAACAAUGCGGGCCGGGAGUCAUCAUAGACCUCACCU